AACCAAUUAGGGUCGAAAUAAAUGCUGGGAAGAGAGAGAGAGAGGAGUGCGAGAGGGAGGGAGAGGGGGCGAGGAGCGAGCCUGGCUUCCAAUUGCUCGGUGGGAGAGACGGAAUGAGAAUUUAGGGCAGGUGGCACUUUGCAUUAUUAUUAUUUGGGUUCCCACAUGCCAGGCAAAUCCCGGAGCGGGAUGGAAAUGGACGUUGCUACGUUGAUGACCAAGAUGUUUUCACCUCCUGUGAGCAGCGGGAAAAAUGGACCAACUUCCUUGGCAAGUGGACAUUUUACUGGCUCAAAUGUAGAAGACAGAACUAGCUCAGGGUCCUGGGGGAAUGCAGGACAUCCGAGUCCAUCCCGGAACUAUGGAGAUGGGACUCACUAUGACCACAUGGCGAGCAGAGACCUCGGCUCACAUGACAAUCUCUCUCCUCCCUUUGUCAAUUCCAGAAUACAAAGUAAGAACAUGGAAUUUCUUCCCUGAUUGGGGUGGGGGAAUUGGGAUGCAUUUAUUAGGAAUAAAAUCUGGGCAUAUUCCAAGCCCUCAUCCUCAUUUUGUUGGGCUUGGCCUGAGGGUGGGAACAGGGAUUUGUUGAUGAUAUUUAGUAUUUUAUAUC